AUGGCGAAUUGGAUUCGAAUUGUCUCCGCAAGUUUCCACGUCGCUCCACCGCCGUCCGCGCCUCCCUCAACAGACCUCCCUCAGCAUAGCUUCCUCCGCAAAUCUCCCUCCGCAAACUUCUCUCCCGACCCUUCCUCAUCACGCCUCCCUUCUCAGCGCAAGCUCAUGACGGCGGAUGUCUCUACAGGCUCGGAAAUAGGCUCGUCCACACGCGCUAUUCUGGCACCUCUCGAUUUACGCGACAACAACAUCCCUCCACUCUCUUCCAUCCUCACGCGUUCAACAUGGCCUCCCCCAAAACGAUCCCUCCGAGCCCAGCGGCCUCAUGAGAACAACGUAAGUACGUAUCUUGUUCUCCUGUCAAUUGGUUUCUACAUUGACGACGAGCCCGGGACUACCCUCAUCACACUGCCGCCUUCUCCACUACCGCGUCUCUCCCUCUGUAUCAAGUUUCGAACGCUCCUGCUCCUCCUUCUCCUCCUCCUCGCCCUCCUCGCCAUCGUCGCCCUCUUCGCCACCGCCGUCGUCGCAUACGUGGGCAUCUACUACAGGUACAUCCCCACACAGGCCAUCGCCCUCUCCACGCACCCCAGCUAUAACGAGAGCCAUCCCUCCUCUUCCCCCACGGCACGCGCCCGCCGAGCCUGUCCUCCAAUGACAUCCUCGACGCCCGGCGCACGCCAAGAUCGAACAACGCGUCCUCACUGGUGGGCAACUGGGGGCUACGUUCCAUGUCAGACUCAUCACAGAGACCCAACCCCAUGGCAGUGGGAGCUAGACCGUAAUCGGACCGUCGUCAGGAACGUGUGGGCGCUGGCUUUCUUCCGCGGCACGACGACGAAAGCGGGGACGCGCGGGAUUUGA